UCUACGUAACGUAACCUAACAAAAUAGUUAGGUGAAGUGCGAGGAAUUUGAGUAAAUUUUAGCGAAUUUCCAGAUGAAAGACAGUGUUUGAGAAUAUUGACGAUGGAGCAGGAUUUGAUAUAUUCAAUUGUAUACGUUCUUCUUUGUGCUGCUAUAAUUUAUCCUCCUGCAGAAUUCGUCAGUGCUGGUUUUACAAUACCAGUUUUAUUCUCCAAAUUUUUGGGUUCAGAAAAUGACUCCUUUAUUCAUUUUCAUCUCAAACGCUCCUUAAUUACCCUAAUGACAUACUCUUUACUUCCUUUUGGAUACAUUAUAACUAUAAUUGUAUUUGGGAAUUUAGAGAUGAUGUUACAGCUUGAAAUCUUCACACGUAGUGUUUUUGGAAACAUCUACCUCACUCUCAGUUUGAUGUUACCCAUAGCAGCGUUAUAUCAAAUAAAAGUAUGGACAGAUAAUAAUUAUGAGGAGCAUCCAAUAGCAAAAAACUUGAGCAAAUUUUGCAACAAUGGCAUGAAUUGGAGAAGUAUCCAGACAAAUAUAGAUAUAGAAUUCCGCAGGCCAGAGAAAAUGUACACGAAGACGAACCCACUCUCGUUUAUAGCCAUAACCGAAAACUGGAUCUUGAAAAUAACACCACUUACCAUUUACCUGGCGCAUCAAUCAGAUACCACUGUCACAGUGAAGACAUCUCAAACCUAUAAUUUAUCGCCCCAAACUUCCGAUGAAAUUCAGUAUUUGAACAUUGAAGUCAAAUCCAGCCGUCCAUCAGUGGAACCCUUCAUCAUAAGAAUAAAUUCGGAAAAUUUCCUUAACUUACAGGAUCGAUUAACAAGGACGAUCAAUGUUAUGCCGGAUGUGAAGUUUCAUAAAAAUAUCUUGGAACGAUUCGUGGAUGUUUUCAAAGAAAAUAUGAAAGAGAAUCCACGAUAUGAAUCAGCCAGUCAGGUUUUCGAAACUUGUAUAGGCUGCAUGGAAGUUGCGCCAAAUGUAAAAAUACAAAAGAUGUGUACUGAUGAGACGAGUGCGCCUACAGAUCCUUGCAGCCCUUGCUACUGUCAGCCUAUGUGGUGUGCAGAUUGCAUGGCUAAAUGGUUCGCAUCCAGGCAAGACUCAAACAAUCCAUCUAGCUGGUUAUCUUCAAAGUGUACAUGUCCUAUGUGUAGAGCCAAGUUUUGUUUAUUGGACGUUUGUUAUACGAGAUCCACUGAGGAAUGAGAAGAAAGGGAAAAUACUUUUCUAAUAACUUAAAUUCUCAAUAAUUCUGUUGAUAAUGAUAUAGAUCUAAAUGAAGAGCAUAUUUUCCUAUGCUUCCAUAAUAUUUUAUUUUAAUAAAUGUAUUUAUUUAAUCUAUUGAUAAAAUUAUAUAGUUCCUUGCAUAACUUUCAAUAAUAAAUAUUUUAAAUCAUAA